AAAAACAAAAAUGGCGGACGAUGAAAGAGUCCCAGUGAACAGCAAACAAACAGUCCUCAGAAUUCACGAAAAAAUUAAAAAGGAGGUGCAUGAAAUAGCCAGCAAGAAGUCUUGGACUACGCAACAGAAGGAGAACUUUGAGAAGAAGCUGCUCGAGCUUUACAAGGAAUCUGUUGAGGAGACUAUGCAAGAAAAUGUAGUCAUUGGCGGUCAGUCGUGGGAUAAUUCAGGCCAGCUGGAAGAUUCAAGUAGUUCUCUUCUUCAAGAAGAAAUGGAGCCCCUUAACAGAGACAGAAUUACAGAAGUUCUUCAAAUAUGUUCUGACCUGGAAGAUAUGAUCAGAGACACCACUCAGAAACGAAAAAGGUAUCCUCAACAGGUCGUUGAAGGAGUCAGCAACAUUCUUCAGAGCCAGAAGGAAUUUUUGGAACACUAUCAGCCGGUGAUUAAAAGCAACCUAUUGUCGGGUGGGACCAGUGUCAUAACACCUGAUUUGGAAGAGUGCAUACAGAGAUUGCAAGCAACAGCAUCUGAUGUUAUGCAGCUAUCAAAAUCUUUUCCUGAACUUCACAGCAAAGCUGAGCGUCUUCGGCAGGCUGUCCAUUCUCAUCAAGCCAUGCAGGAAUGUGAGACUGAUGGUGUUUUAUUUGCUUUAGAAAAUAAAAAUGAGACUUUGAAUUCAUCUUCCACUGAACCCGCAGUCAUGCGAGAUGAGGAAAACACUGAAACAUUGAAGUUGGUGGAUUUUCUGUGGUGGGGUGGAGAGAAGCGAAGGUCACGCCCUCCUGUGAGAUUUGAUGCUUCUCUAAAUACUUAUGGCGAUUGAAGUUUACAACUAAUUGCUUGCCAUAUUUUGUUUGUUUACAAUUUAUAGCUGGUUGUUUUUCCCAUCACAAAGUAAUCAGUUGUUUUUAUCAGUGGAUGCCGUAAAAAAACAUGUAGUUUCGUUUCCUUUGUACAGCAAGUAUGUUCAGGAGUCAACUUUUAUAUUUAAUAGUUUUGUCAACUGUUUAUUUUUGUAAUUGCAUAAUUGUUGCUUUUGAGGAGAGGAUAAUGUUAUCUUUUAUUUUGUAACUGCCUAUUCAAAUCAAGUUUUAAUCUUUGUAGGUUAGCUAGGAAAACUUAAUAUUUUUAAAUUCAAUUUUGUACAUUUAGGGAAUUAAAAUGAAAGAUUACGUGACCACUAGUUUUCAUACAUCCAACUUUUUGCUUCCCACUUUCUUCUGUUGCUUGUGCUUAGCAGGUAAAGAAAAAACAUUUUCGAUAAAGCAUAUUAGCUACAUUGGAAAUUGUAAGUUUUGCCUGAAGUGUUAAGAUAAGUAGGGAUAAAUUUUAUACAGUGUUGGGCUGAAAAUCUACCAGCAAUGUACUCACUCACUGUUGUGAAAGUUAUAUGUAAAUAAAAGGAAAUGCCUUGUUUUUCACACUGGAAUGUAUGAAAUAUUUGUUCAUUAGAAAUAAAUAAUUGUUCGACCGAUUA